CCAGGUUGGGACGUUAUUUUGACUGCGGAGGAGCAUGGUACCUCGGAUAUACGAAACUCAAGGUGAAGGGAAGUAUGUUUGGCAGAUAUUUUUGAAACUGUAUACACCACGUUGUAUAAUGAAAUAAAGUCAGUUAUGAAUAACGAUGACAUCGAGCUAAAGACACUUCCACUUCAUAGUAAAACAGAAUUAUCCACGCAGACGUCAAAAGUUCUGAACAGGAAAGGCAAAGCUGGCGAAGGGCCUAAAUCUGGUAAGGUCAACAACAAGGCCGAAAGAGGUGAAAUUAUAGGCCAAGUAGAUCAAUCUGGUAAAUCAGUUAUAGGUCUGAACAGUAAAAAGUUAAAAAAAGUAGACGAGAAUAUGAAUACGUCGAAGAAAACGGAGAAAAAGACUGGUCUUCGCGAUUGGUUCAUGGGCAAGUCAACCAAAACACAGAAAACCAAAGUCAUGCAACGAACAGAUAAAAUGAUGGGAGGCCCAAUUAUGGAACGACUACAGAAGCAAAGUGCAUAUCUUAGUGCUACUUUACAGGAAGAAGAAUCUUUGGAGGGUGCUAGGUCUACUGGCAGUGCCAGUCCAGACCACGAGCAACUCAAUUACGAGGAUUUCGUACACAAAAAACAUUUACUGCAGUUUCACUCUAGACCAACAUUUUGCGAUGUCUGUGAUGAUUUUAUUUGGGGCAUGUACAGAUCUGCGAUAAGAUGUAAAUAUUGCAAGUUCACUUGUCAUUAUCGGUGUCAUAUUGAGAUAGAUGUUCACUGUCCUAAGGCACCAGUGAAAGAGAAAUCAUUAGAAGACAUAACCAAGGAAACACUGGAGUUUUUGAAUGCUAAAGAUGGAAAGAAAGAGGCUGUUGAAGAAGAGGCGCAUGUCACUCUUCCAAAAAAUAUUGCUUCAGUUUCAGAAUUGAGGCUGAUGAUCGAAAAUUAUAAUAAAUCAUCAAAUUUGAUAAUGAUAUUGCAAGAUGAUGGCGUAUUUCAAGGGUAUAUUCAAGUGGUCAUGUGCCUGAAUCGGCCCGUAAACAUCCAUGCAGACACUUCAGAUUUGACAAUGAAGAAGGCGCUGCUUAGGAGCAAUUCUCGGCGAUCGACAAGGCAUAAAUCAGUCGUUGCAGUAAACAGGGCUGCAAGUGUAAAAUCAUCGGAAGGUUUGGACAGAACGGCAACGAUGCCGUCUAGUAUCGCAUCAUCUGUUAAUGCACAAGAUGGAGAAGAAACAAUAAAGAAGGAAAGGCAGCGGCCACGAGGACGAUCAAGCUUUUAUAUAUCGCAAAACACGAAAAAGCCACUGCAUAUUACAAGCACUACAACAGCUUACGAGGUUAUCGAAGCUCUGCUAGACAAGUACCGCGUAACGGACAAUCCACAAAAAUUUGCGCUUUAUGAAAGAACGGAAGAAAAUGAUUGCAUUCGUGUACGGAAGAUUGACGCUGACGAGCAUCCUUUAGUCCUAAGUUUAUUGUGGGGGGACGCGCGCUCGACAAAAGAGUUUUCACUGCAAGAAAACGAACGGGGCGAUAUAAUUUGGGAUGCAUUUGAAAUACCCGAGCUAAAAAAUUUUCUUGUAUUUUUAAAUCGAGAAGAAGAAGACAUGAUUAACAAGGUUAGAAAAAAGUAUGAAGAGCAGAAGAAACUUUAUCAGCAGGCACUGGACUUUAAAGCUGAAAACAGCACAGAAUCGGACUGCUAAGCUGAAUGUUGUAGAUAAAAGAAGUUGUAUUUUUACGUCUAGGUUAAUUUAGAUCGUAAUAUAGGCUGUACAUAAAAGAUAACCAACGGGUUAACAUAUCUCCAAAGUGAGAAAAAUUUCUAAUCAAAACCUGCCACUAAUGUCUAUUCCCACUAUGAAUGUCAAAGGAGUCAAGUGUAUAUAGCUUCUAUACUGAAAACCGUCGUGUAUGAAAGUUGUAAUGCGAGCAUGCAUUUCUUGGCUACUUCUGAAGAGUCUGCAAUAGGCUUUUAAACAAGCCGUCUAUGUCAGUAAAAUAUGAACAUAAAUUUUCAAUAAAUGAUUAGGUGAUCCAAACUACACAGAAAAGCUUCAUACUUGAGCUAAAUCUAAAGACUUUCAAAAUCCCCUUUUAAUUUUUUUAGAAUUUAUAUCCCUUUCAGUAGUUCCUCGGAAACAUAGAUCGGACCUUUCUCCUGAAUAAUCUACGUUGAUGCUGAAAAACGUUUCAAAGCCCGCUUUAACUUGAACGCGCUGUUAGCUCGUGCUGUUAGUUAGCUUUAUCAACCAUUGCUAUUCAAAAGCAAUCCAAACUUAAAUGACUUUUCUAAAUUUCAACAUAGCAAACCAACCCUUUUUGCUAAGUGUUUCUUCGACAGGGUGUAGCACUUAUGGGCUCGUUGAGCUGAGGGGGCUUGUUGAGUUUCCAAGAACCUCUCCUUCCUAUCCAUAUAAUUACCUGCUUCUUCUUUAGGUUUGAUUGGAAGGAUUUUCCUUGUCUAAGCGACUUCUUGGACAAGCUUGGUAAAACUUAGCAUAUAAGCAUCCACACCAAAUAUGGAAUUUCCUAUAGAGAAAGUGGGUGCAGCUACUGGUAAAACAAGAUAUUUUCUUAUU